CCGAACACAGAAUGGCUUGACGGCCCAGACACAUCUUCCUUCUCUGCCAUUCUAACACAUUUUAUCUAUGAGUUUCCUCCGUCGCCGUGUAGGUUUUUCUUCAGCAAAUGUUGGAGACAGGUAAAAACAAGCAAAACCACAACAAGUGCAUCUGCCAGCCCUCAUAUUUCGAAAGGUUUGCCAACGGCUCUGCGACGCUGUGCUGUUUGUAGGAACCAACUGCACCUUUUAUCCGGAAACUUCAUCUGGUUACUGCUAAUAAAUAGAGUUAGCUAAAUACGUUGAAACUCAAAUCUAACAGUAGGUGGUUUUAAGUUGCCGCAAAUUACCUAAAAGUGGGUGAAAAGGACAUUUAAACGCCAAUAGCGACUGUGUAAUUACUUAACAUUUGCAACAUGGCUGCUGCGGGAACGGCAGUGAGAAAAGUUUGACACUGACGUGGGAGAAGUUUUAUGCGAAUGCUAGUUAGCACAUGAGUUAUUGGCCAGAUAAGAAAGUCGUCAGUGGUCUCCCCCAGCCUGGCACCGCUUUCCCCGGACUUCCAAACCAGUGGCUGAACCGUGAGAGAGCCCCCUCCUCCUCUGGAGUCACCGCCGACAAUCACUGCAGUGGACUUUGUGGGGGAAACUGUGGUGUCUUCUCCAUCGCAAGCCGUGGUGGCGUUUUAAGGACUGGUCGUCGGGCAACGGGCUGGGUUUCGAGCUAAAAAUGCAUUUUUCCAUACCCGAAACGGAGGUUCGUUCGGGAGAAAACGGAUCGACGUAUGUGGCCUACAACAUCCAUGUCAAUGGCGUGUUGCACUGUCGGGUACGCUACAGCCAACUUCUUGGCCUCCACGAACAGAUAAAGAAGGAAUAUGGCAGCAAUGUGGUGCCUGCAUUCCCUCCAAAGAAGAUCUUCACACUGACUCCUGCUGAGGUCGAACAGAGACGAGAACAGCUGGAGAAAUACAUGCAGGCUGUGCGUCAGGAUCCCUUGCUUGGAGCCAGUGAGAUGUUCAAUAGCUUCUUAAGGAAAGCACAGCAGGAGACGCAGCAGAUUCCCACAGAAGAAGUCGCUCUGGACAUCUGCCUCUCCAACGGUCAGAAGGUUACAGUCAACAUUCUGACCUCGGAUCAGACGGAGGAUGUCCUUGAUGCUGUUGCAACAAAGCUUGACCUUCCAGAUGACCUCGUUGGUUACUUCAGUCUCUUCCUCGUCCGUGAGGGUGUGGAUGGAGGGUUAACAUUUGUGCGGAAGCUGCAGGAGUUUGAGCUGCCUUACGUUUCCAUUACCAGCUUGCGGAGCUCUGAAUUUCACAUACUCCUACGGAAAAGCUAUUGGGACAUGGCGUACGAUAGUGACGUCAUGGACAACAGAGUUGGCCUGAAUUUGCUGUACGCCCAGACAGUGUCUGACAUUGAGCGAGGCUGGAUACUCGUCAACAAAGACCAGCACAGGCAGCUCAAAUCACUGCAGGAAAAAGGCUCCAAGAAAGAAUUCAUCCAUCUAGGUCAGACUCUCAAAUAUUACGGCUAUAUCAAGUUUGACCCUUGCAUCACCGACUUCCCUGAGAAGGGCUGCCAAGUCAUCGUCAGUGCCGGCAACAACGAGCUCAACUUCCACGUCAAGCUGCCCAACGAACAGAUGAAGGAGGGAAGCUUCAAGGUCACCCGUAUGAGGUGUUGGCGAGUCACGUCUUCUCAAGUCCCGAUAGCCAACGGCACCACCAAUCCCUGCAGCUCAUCCAAAUGCGAGGUCAAACUGGAGCUGGCCUUCGAGUAUCUCAUGAGCAAAGACCGCCUGCAGUGGGUCACCAUCACCAGUCAACAGGCUAUCAUGAUGAGUAUCUGCCUGCAGUCUAUGGUGGAUGAAUUAAUGGUGAAGAAGUCUGGUGGCAGCAUAAAAAAGAUGCUGAGGAAACGACACAACGGCUCCAUCCACCGGCCUGACAGUCAGCAAGCUGUGAAAUCGCCCCCUCUACUGGACUCCCCCGACCCGAACCGUGAACAAAUUGUCAAACUCUCAACCAAGCUGAGCUCGGUGUCCCUCCGAGGGAUCAGCGCCUCCAACUCAGCAAACGAUAUCAGCGGCAAUGAUUUCCAUGGCAACUAUGCUUUCGAGGGAAUCGGGGAUGAUGACCUGUAACCGCCGCCACGCCCUCCCCUCCCCCAUCAUUCCACUGUCAACGACUGGGACGACAAAGAUUACGAGCUGAGCUGAGCCGAGCCGAGCGGACCACACAUGGCGUCCGAUUCUGCAAGAUUGUAGCUUCUUCCUGGAGAAAAUCGCUGCCUUAAGCUCUCAUUUAAUCUUUGACGGCGUCCUUUCUUUUAGACUCUAAAAACUCAUCUUGAUUUGUUUUUUUUAGUUACAAUCGUCAUAUUCAAUUCACACUUUGUCCCCUAUCUUAUUAAACUUGUGGCAACAUUACAGUAAAAAUAGCACAUAAAGCUACAGGUACUCAAACAGGGAGGCUUUCUGUAUGAAACAAAUUCCUUCUUCAGUUUCACCCACAGCGUAUGUGAAGUUCUAUAAUGCAGUUAAAUUCUUGAGGUACAAAGUGAGUGAAUAUUUUGUUAACUACAUGAAGAAAACCUGCUAGAUCCUGGAUUCUUCCCUCAGCUGCUGCAUGUUCCCUCCCGAGCAGAGAGCCAAAUGUUUAGUUAGACCUGGCACUAGUGAUAACACAGCAGAACUGGACGUGGAUAGUUCUCGAAAAUGACCCAGGGUCCAGCGAAUGUGUUGAAACCGAUCUCAAAACUGUAGACUAUUCAGAGCAACUGCUUACUUCUAUGGAUGAUCAAUGUUUGGCUUGGCUACAUACCAAAAUGUCUUGUUUUUAUACUGUUAGCUGUCCUCUGUGUGUCACGCUACUCAUGUGCCAUGUCCGUAAAUAUCUUAGCAAGAUGCCUGUGGCGUUUUCAGCUUACGUUUGAGGCACAGUCACUCAUACUGCCUUCAGAAAUAGUCUGAUGCCUUAACUUUUACUUUUUAGCCUCGUGGGUUGUCAUUGAAGCGGACGUCGGUCAAACUUAAACAUCGGCCGGUGUUACAGAAUAUUGCAGAACUUGAUAGAUGGUUGCUUGGGCCGAGCUGCUUGCACUUGCUGCACCCAUCAUUUUGCACAGUAUUACAGGUGGAGAUGAAUGUUUGAGUGGAAGCUUGAGCAUGACUUUUAACAUUGUGUGGAGAUUUUUUUUUUCCAAGGGGCUCUGUAAAUCCAUCUAUGAUUUUAUUUUUAAACCAAUUUUUUAAAGGUUUCUCAUAAAUGCCAAAUUAUAGUUUACUAAAGCAUUUUGCACAAAAUAAACAUAAAAAUUAUGACAAUGUCACUUUUUAUAUUAUGUACAUGCAAUUAAGUAUUCUGAACAUUUACUAAUAUCUUCAUCAUCAAUAGCUUAUUGUAAUCAGAUAGAUCAAAUGUAAUCUAAGCUGUAUAGAACAAAAAGUUUAAAUGGACUAACAUUUAUCAUUGUUUACAUAAUGUUUAUAGGGACUUUAUUAGUUAAAAUGGAAAGUGUUUACAAAUUUUGCAUCUGAUUUUCGUUGUCUUGUUCUUUUUGGGCGAGUGACGGUGUCGUGGGGAGCAUUCUUCGGGGCUUCAGUUCAUUGUAAUUUGUUCGUGCACUGUGCCAAUCAUCUCAGAGGAUUUAGCUGAAAAGGUGCUUUGGUGAAGUGGCUAAUGUGAUCACAAUUGCUGGAGUGAACACGGUUCGUGGAGAGCAAGCAACAAUAUGAACAUAUCCCGCUGUUUUAUAAGACAUGUCAUUCCAUUUUUAUCGCCCGUGGCGUCAUGUCAGCGUGUUUUGAAGCCUCUUAACGUAAAUCAGUGCCAACCUAUCAACAGCUUUACUCUCACUGGUAGCCAGAACUGUAAACAAAAUGUUCUCAGUAUAUAAAUGUCUUGUUCUUUCACUGCUGUGCUUCUUCUCUGUCUUCAGUUGCAUUUCCAGUAGGGCGAUGUGGGCGCCACCAUUCAUGUCUGUUUUCUCUGUCUGUGUCAGUACCAAGUACGUGGAAGCUGCAAGGUCCUGGAUGUUAAUACAUGUGUAGGUGCCAAACGACACUUUAAAGUGCAUUCAUCAUCAGCAUCACUUUUACAGAAAGUAUCGAGUUUCAUGAAGAUUGUAUUGACUUGAUUCAUUCCACGACUUUUCAUUAUGAUUUUAGUGGUAAGGUCAGUGACGACUGUCAUGAUGCUACAAUAAACUCUGAAAUU